AUGAAGUUGAAUCUCCUUGCAUUGGCCAUUGUACCUUUGGCAUGGGCUGCAUCCAAUGUACCUGAAGUGGAAGAUGGCUUUGAAAUGGUGACUUGUGGCAGCAUGGUCAAGUUUACGAGUCAGUCUACUGGAUACAAGUUGCAUUCCCAUGGCGUUGCUUAUGGAAGUGGAUCACAGCAACAAUCCAUCACUGCGUUUCCCGAGGAUGAUGAUAGCAACAGCUAUUGGAUCGUACGAGCAGCUGUAGGCAAACAAUGCAAGCGAGGGGAACCUGUACCAUGUGGAUCAGACAUUCGUCUUCAACAUGCCAACACAAAAGCUUAUCUACACAGCCAUCAGCAUAUUUCACCUUUAUCGCAUCAGCAAGAAGUCAGCUGCUUUGAUGGAGAGGAUACAGGUGAUGAUUGGAAAGUGCAAUGUUCAAGCUCAAGUACCAAGCAUUGGCUUCGUGAAGAGCCUGUACAAUUUGUGCAUGUGGAUACCAAGUACUAUCUGUCAUCAAGCGCACAACACAAGUAUGGCCAGCCUAUCCCAGGUCAACUCGAAGUAGCAGCUGCCAAAUCAUCCUCCAAGAACACAAAAUGGAUGGCACAGGAGGGCGUCUAUUUUACAGCCUAA